CCCGCACACAUCCGCCCGCACACACAUCUGCAGUUGGUGUGAGUGAACCGAAUUCUGCAGUGACGGCCAGGGGAGGUGCCUGGUCGCAUCGAUGCAUUCAUUGGUGCUUUGCUUCCCAGGUCGAUGACCCUCGCCCAGUUGUUGACACAGGCCCUCCAGGAAAGAAUCUGAUACCCACAAAUGUAAAAUGCAGGCGGCGAUCUGAGGACACAUGACACGUACACAUAACCAAAGCAAUGGAUGUCUUCACGUAAGGUUCAAGCUGUGUCUCUAUUCUUUCCUUCUUUUGAGUCCUCCUCAGAACCGCCGUGUUCAGCCCCUCGACACUGCGGAUCUUGCUCCGCGCAGAUGGAAGGGCUCGAUACCGCCAGCCACCCUUCCGUGUUGCGACAGUCGACGACCUCGAAUUUCUCCUCUCGAACCUCGUCGAAGCUCGCCAGCACCCCUCCCUCGGCGUGCCAUCCCGUCACGGUGUCCUUGGCCAGCUGCACUGUGGCCGCGGUGCCGCUGGGGGCUGCGUCGUCUGGGCGGCGUGUGAUGGCGCCUGAGAAGUGAAAAUGGAUCUCAAUGAAUCGUCCCAUUCGUGACGGCUGUCGUGCUGCCGAUGGCGGCGUGCCCGUGGCGGGCUAUCUCGACGGCCCUGGCGGUGGUACGGUGUUGGCGAUGCGCGACGUCUUCUGAGGUACAGAGAGAAGAAAGUGUCGAAUGCGUGAUUCGUCCUUGUGGCCCUCACCUCGUAUGCACGUGGCGGCGACGGUGCUGCCCCGUCUGGCGUUCAUAGGGAGUCGAAGAUCGGUUGCGCCUGGGACGACAGAGAAAGUGAGAGUGUCGACAUUCAUUUAUUCGAUGUGUCGUGAACACCGUACUGGCGCGGCGAUGGAGAGGAGAUGGGAAACGUGUUGCCCAUUUGCGGCUUCGACUUCGUGAGCACUCACUGAGGCACACGGACACUGCGAUGGCCCCAUCCAUGCUGAUGCCUUUUCCCAUACCGGCCAUCUCUUACGUGUUUUUGUAUCUCCAGCACCCCUUCUGUCCCCCAGUCGUCAGCUCUGCAGAAGAACAGAGCACAACGCGGCACAGCGCACCCGUUGUGUGUUUGGCUUGAUUCAAGGGUGUCUCAAUUCUCUGUACCUUCUUCUGCCAGGUGAGUCGUCCGGUCAAAGUCCACCGUGAAAUCUAGGCAUACCACAUAGAGAUGAAAGCAAAUUCGCGUGGUGGCCUUCACGAUUUGCCAACCUGGCCCUCUCCCUGUCUCUGUCGUAGCGCCUCCAGUGUCCGUCGCGGUCGAAGGAUUCGAUCCGGUCGAAUGGGUAGCGCUGAAUGAACAAGAUGACCGGCCAGAUUCACCCGCUGUGAGUAAUUGAUUUUGGCGCAGUGACGUAUUUUUUCCAAUAUUCCAAGCUUGUCACCCACCUUUGGGGUGUACUUGCCGCCAGCCCUUCCCCUCGCCCUCUCCCUGCCCCUGCCACCCCGCUCGUAGGGACUCAAUCUGUAUCCACACAGGCAAGCGUGCGUCCACGAACCAUCAAGUCGCCUGCUCUCUGUCUUCCGCUCACCUCAUGUGUUCUCGUAGAUCUGGUCCUCGGUGCUCUUCUUCUUGCUCGCUUGUCCGGCUCGGUGCUCUUCACGAUUCGCGCCUUUGACUUCUUGAGCGCCCACUGAAGCACUCCGUAUACGGUGAGCGUGGAUGGCCCUCGUGGCAUGACUUCUUGUCCUUGGUGCUGGCGGCCUUCUUGCCCUUCUUGCCCCGGGUCACCUCAACCCACCCGUCAUCAGACGGCGCGGGCUUCUCCUCAGCCUUGGCCUCUGCCACCCUUGGCCUCUGCCACCACUGUCGCGGGAGAGACCUCAGACGAGGCGGCAUGCUCAAGCCGUGUUGGGCGUCGGCACGUCCACUGGCGGCUUGGCCUCUUCGGCGGACGGCUCGGCCUCGGCCUCGAGGGCAGGUGGGGGUGAGGGAGCAGGCGAGGCGUCGUCUUGGGCAGGGGCGGGUGCGGGGGGACCACCGCCGUUGGUGGGCUCUUCGGAGCUGACCUUGUUCUUGCACUUCUUGCGCACUUCUUGUUGGCGCGCCCCGUCUUGCUGGUUUCCCUGUCAGUCCUCCUCGGCCUUCUCCUCAGCCACCAUCGGGAGCGGCCGCACCCUCACCCUCACGCUCAGCAAUCUUGCCCUCGCCGAGGGAAGAACGGGGAACGUGGGAGUUCUAGC